AAGGAGUGUAUUUUGUAGCAAAUACGAGUCUGAAUGCCGACACGUAAAAGAUCCGGAGAAAUUUUGCAUCGACCACCCCCUCUACUGUGGAGCAAAUUUAAAUAUGUCUGAUUUUUAUGUUCCUAAAAAACCAUCCUUGCACUUUCAUGAUAUGGACUAUGACAGGAGAAAGGUGGAUUUCUUGAAUGCCAUCCCAGAAGGAUUUCUAAAAAUAGACGAUUCCGGAAAAAAAGAACGUCUGGAGGGACCAUUCUAUAUUAGUUGCUUAGUGCAACAUUGCUAUUCCAUGAAUAAUCUUGCAAUUACAAGUGAGCCGACUAAAAAGACUGAAAUUGAGAGACAUUUGAAGAUAUUUCCAUCACAAGAGACCGCACCACAAAAAAUAGUUGACGUACGAGCGAUUGUUGCUGAAGCCUUUGAGGUUCGAUUAGAUGAAACGGACCAUUAUGAUUAUUUCUCAACACCGCGAGCGCUUCUCUCUAUACAUUCCCCCUUCACAUUAGUUGAUCCAAAUUUUGACGGCGUUGCUCUAGUACCAAAUAGAGAAUAUAAAAUACACGUCAAAUUGGAAGAAGAUCAUAAGCUGAAGCUUCCGUACAAAACAGAUUGCCGGGACUAUGAAGAAGAAUGGAUUAAAAAUAAUAGAAAUGGACCCACAUCACAAGAGGUGUGCAUCUACGACUGCCUUAAUGCAUUAUGGGAAAAUUGCUAUAACCGUCCACAUCCGUGGACGUUCUUCACAAUCGAAGAAGCAUGCUCGUUUCAAGAGCCUGGAACGCCUAAUAUAAUGUGCAAUUCCGAGGAAGAAAGGCGUAAAUUAAUGGUGAACUGUACAUCAAGCUGUAAAGUUGCUUGCAAGGAGAGAAGGUAUACAAUCAGAGUUCAAGAUAGGCCAUUUAUAGAUUGGCAAAGCGAGAAUUCCAGUGGAAAUUAAGAUUGAUGAACCUAAAAUUCUAGUUUAUGCUCACACGCCCAAAUACUUGUCCAUUGAAUUAUUCAGCUAUGUGGGUGGAUUUCUUGGAUGUUGGUUGGGGCUUUCUCUUUGGUCAUCGUCUUUAUCCCUGUUAGACUCUUUAUCGUAUUUCAAAGAUAAAAUAAAAAAAGGAAAAAAUACGAAAAACGAAAAUGAAGAGCAGAACAAAAAAGAAGAUUUCGGUACAAAAUAAGUGUUUAAUGUGUCUUACGUGAAUCAGUUGGGAAAAUGUUAUUUUCGCACUUUGCAUGUAGAUUCGAGAUUAAUAAAUUUAAAAACGAA